ACGGUGAGCAUACUUCGUGCGUACUCAUCUUUAGAGGAAAAGGCAGAGCGAGAAGAUAACUUGCAGACAUAAUAGUUGAUAAUAAUAACAGAAAAAUAUCACUUUAAUAUUUGACAGUGUAAAUAUUGGAUUUUUACAGACGAGUAUACAUACAAACAGAAAACAUGGGGCACGACAAACUAUCUAUCGUGAGCUUUAAUUCGUCUCGAAAAGGACUGAGCUCCUUGCCAAACGCUCACAGGAGCCCAUACUUAGAGAGAAUUCUCGAGGCUUCUGCGCCGGAAAUUUGCCUAUUACCCGGUGAUGACAAAGCCGUAUCUAUGAACGCGGUGAUGGGUUAUGGACAAUACAAGGUACCAUCUGCCGAUGGGACAGUUCUGCUGUUUGACAACAACAGGGUUAGGAUGAGAAGUCCCAACGUCAGUUUGAACACAUUUGGUCCAUUGCCUGGACUUGACAUGGACAACAUGGUUUGUCCUGGCGUGGAAAUUCUGUCAUUGACACCUUCCGUGAACAAGUCGGUAGUCAAGGAAUUUUCCAUGGUGACAUGGAAGUAUACUAUGUCCACCGAAACCAAGGUUAAAAUCGAGACUCUUGCCGAGAGCUUGAUAUUGUUCUCACAGCGUCUGGCAUUGUCGACAGGAAAGCCAGUUUUAGUUGGAGGGGAACUGUCCAUUGACCAUGGAUCCCUUAAAGAAAUCGUAGGAAGGCUAUCGAAGGAUGGUCAAGAAAAAUUUCUGACAGGAGUCCAGCCAGAGAUGGAAAAGCAUGGCUAUCUGCCAUCGAUGACAAAGGGAUCGCUAAGAGAUGUGCGUCACCUGUUCAUGAUGAACGUAUUUAAAUGUGGCAGUGGCACGAACGGCUUUGUUCAGAAGCGGAAUGAAGAACUUGUUUCAGAUUGCUUCAUUGCAUCAAAAACGCUGGAGCUUACAGAAGCGAAGCUCGUCGAUGUCGAGCAGGUAACUGGAAGACAAAUAACAAUGGAAAUGCUUCGCAAGCACUGUCCCACGGAGACAAGCGUGCACAUUCCGCAGCGACCACCAAAGCACCAUGGUGGCUAAGUGUGAUGCAUCUAAAACAUUUGGACGAAACGUUGGUCUGGACUGAAUGAAAUAUGAUACUCUUUUUAUGUAAAGAAUGGCAGACCAAAUGUGACUUUGACAGUGUUUGAGAUUGUUAAAUAAAUAACAAUGCUGACGGUAGUUUUGUCAUUGGAUGUUUCUUCCGAAAGGUAGUGAAAUGAAGAGUUCAUUAAAUCAUAAUGAUGAGAGUAUGAAAUGGAACGGUAAGCGAGCCCUCAUCUUAGAAAACUGCAAAAAUGCUGAAUAAUAGCAACAAACAUCUGUAAAUGAAUGAAUGCUGACAUCAUUGACAUCGGAUGAGCUUUUGUUAUCGUUUCAUGACAACAUUCAUACAAAACCAACGAAUAUAGCAUAUACAAGACGGAUCAUCAACGGUUUGCGAAUGUCUUCUACUGUGAAAUGUUUUAAAGUUGUUUUAUAUUUAAUGAGUUCUAUAUGUAGAUACAAACAAUUGAAAUGGUUAACUUUUUCGAUUAUUUAAAAUACUAAUUUACUUUUUGAGUGCAAUGUUUACAUUUCUUGCUUGAGUUUGUUAACUGGAAAACCAGACUAGACUAUACGUAUAAAUAGAUGUUUUCUAAAAAUAAAAGAAACGAAACGAUUGAUAAAGCUGUUUCAAGCGCACAUAACUACUUUUUGUAAGAAUGUUUUGAAUACUUCUUUAUGAAAAUAUGUAUGAAAAAGAUAUACAAAUUUCAUAUUUAUAAGUCAAACAAUGUACUUAAAGUCUACAAUAUAAAUGUUAUAUCAUAAAAAAAUCAGUUUAAAGUGCGGGUAUUUAUAAUGACUUUGCUGUUGUUCAAAACAAAGUUAGUCUAUGACUUGCCAUGUUUGUUUAAAAUUUCCAAUAAAAUUUUAUGACACAGUC